AUGAGCGAGGACAGGGAUCUGGAGGAGCCAAACUCGCUGAGAAUCGUCCUGCUGGGGAAACACGGCAGUGGGAAAAGCAGCCUGGGAGAAAAGAUUUUCAGAGUGAGCUACAGGAGCGACUCAAAGAUCCGAAGCGUUCAGACUCACUCCAGGACCUUGAAAGAGCGCAAAGUGACGUUGAUCGACACUCCAGGGGUCGUGGGAACCCAGGGCGUGGGGUGGGAGCGCGCGGAGCUGGAGGGACACUGUGAAUGGCUGAGCUGCCUGGUCCAGUGCGCUCCGGGGCCUCACGCGCUGCUGCUGGUGAUGCCCAUGUUCCGAUUCACCAUUGUAAUUUUCACUCAUGGAGACCAGCUCCCGGAGAACACAGACAUCUUGGAGUUUGUGGAGGAGAACACUGAGCUGGCCAAGCUGGUGCAGGCCUGCGGGGGGCGCUGUCACGUGGUCGACAACAAGUACUGGACCAAAGAUCAGCAAAAGGAAGACCCACAGCGGAGCAAUGAGUUUCAGGUGGAAGCGAUCCUGAAUACUGUGGAGAAAAUGGUUGAUGAAAACCAGAAGUAUUUAAGCAAUGAUGCUUUGGAACAAGUAGAGCAUGAUAUUCAGACAGAGCAGAGCCGCAUUCACACUGACAGCGGCUUGAGCCUGGAGGAGAGCAGAGAGCAGGCCAAAAACUCUCUCCUCGAUAGAUACAUAGACCAAGCAACAAGAUGCCCGCCUUAUGCCAAAUAUGCUGCAGUUAUGACUGGAGUAGCAGGUGUGGCACUGGUAGCUAUAUUGGUGCUACCAAAAGUGAUGAAGUUUUUUGCAGAGAAGCCCCCACUGCCCCUUCCCCUCCCCCUGCCCAUGGUGCCCAUAGAGCCCCCUGCUCUGCCAGAUCUCCCCCCUGCACCUGAAAUGAUCCAAGAGGUUGUCCAAGAGGUUGUCCCAACCGUGAUAUCCGAGUUUCUGAAGUCCAUUCUGACACCACCAGAGGACUACGAUCCAUUUGACCAAUUCAACUAG